AUGUUUAAUUAUCUAGUAAGAAUGUUUUGUGGUGAAUUUGAAACUGAUGAACUAUCCAACAUUAAUGUUGAAGGCAAUUCUGGUACUAAAGCAUCAUCAACCUCAUCAAUUUCUUGUGGAUGUAUAGAAAGUACAUCUAGUCUUAAUAACCAAAAUAAAAUUAGCUCACGAAUACUUGAAGAUGCUGCAUUAAAAUUAUGGUCAAAUUUAAAUUUGGAUAGAAUAAAUUUCAAUAACGAAUUGAUAAAAUUAACUGCAAAGUUACAAGAAAAUAUUGCUAUUAAUUUAAAUCAUCAACAUCAAAAUCAUCAUCAUUGUAACGAUGACAGUGAUAAUGAUAAUAACAGUAAUAAGUUGGCACAGAUUUUAUCUCUGUCUAACUUCAAAAUAAAUCCAUCAUUGUCAUCAUCAUGUUCCCAGUCAACAUCGUCAUCUUCUAUAUUACAUGAUAAUACAAACAAUAAUAGCAAUACUAUUGCCACUACUAUAAGUACCAAUAAUGACAUUCCAUUAUCGCUAACCAAUUAUUCAACUGUAUCACAAUUUGCUCGAUUUGCAUCGGCUGCUAACCUUUUCAAUUCUACUGGAGUUGAUCUACAUUGUCCCACUAAUUUUUAUACAAUUCAAAAUGAUAAAUUGAUCACUUCUAGUUAUAAUACUGAUGCUCAUACAAAUAUUGCUGAAACCUUAAUUUCUAACAAUAUACCCACAACUACUACUUCCAAUACAAACACUUUAGUAUCUGUGAACAGUAAUACGUCUUUAACAAAUUACACAACUGCUCACUUCAUUGAUAAUUCUUUUCAAAACCAAGCGGAAAAUUUCAAUUUAAAGAGUGAAAAUGAAAUUUCAUUUCAUAUACCACAGCAACAACUGAAUCUGCCUGAUUAUUAUCAUCAUCACCAAGAACAACAACAAACCAUGAAGUCAAACUUUUGUACUGCACAAAAUGAGGAAAUAAACAGCUCAGUUGAAUUGAAACAGACAAAACCUUCAACCGAAUUAAUCAAAACUAAACAGACAUUAUAUUGUUGUUCUAUAUGCCGACAAAGAUUUCAUUCAAACACUGGUCUAAGACGUCAUAAUUUAGCUUUACAUGCAACCAAAGCUAUGAAAUGUGACCAAUGUGUGAAAGUUUUCAGACAUCAAGCAGCUUUAUCUGAUCAUAAAAAACGUGUUCAUGGUCCACGUGAAUAUAUUUGUGGUAUAUGCUCUGCAGAUUUUGCGACAGAAACUUAUCUACGUUCUCAUGUACGAAUUCAUGAUGAAAAACGAUUUGUUUGUUUAGAAUGCAAACAUGGUUUUUCAAAUCCAUCGGAUUUAAAAAAUCAUAUGAGAAUACAUAAUGAUGAAAAACCAUUUGAAUGUGAAGUGUGUGGAAAAGCAUUUCGCCAUGUGAGUGGAUUUUAUGCUCAUAUACGAAUUCAUACAGGUGAAACACCAUAUCAAUGUGAAUUGUGUGCAAAGAAAUUUAGUAAUGCAAGCAAUUUUCGCAUGCAUAGAAGGGUACAUACGAAAGAAAUGCAAUUCCGCUGUCAAACAUGCGGUAAAGAAUUUAUCCAACCAAGUAACUACAGUCGACACUUAAGAAUACAUACAAAAGAAAAACCUUAUUCAUGUAAUUUAUGCUCUGCAAAAUUUCUUUAUUCAACUUCUUUAAAACGACAUCAACAACGUCAUCAUGGUUUAGAAUUAUUAAGAUGUCAAUUAUGUCAGAAAACAUUUUUAAAUGAAUCAUGUCUUAUUCGACAUCGUACUGGUUGUGAAUUACGCGCUUGUGUUAAAACGGCAGAUGAAGAAUUAUACACUCAUUUAUUAUAA